AGGGGCCAGCUUCCUGACUGAAGCAGCGAGAAGCAUCUGUUCAUCAGCGGGUUCAUCAGGUCCGAGAGACACCGGGACCACAGGUAGCACCGGGACCACAGCUAGCACCGGGACCACAGCAUCAAGAUGACGGCCGCACCUUACAACUACUCCUACAUCUUUAAAUACAUCAUCAUUGGUGAUAUGGGAGUAGGGAAGUCCUGUCUGCUGCACCAGUUCACUGAGAAGAAAUUCAUGGCGGACUGUCCUCACACCAUUGGGGUGGAGUUUGGGACCAGGAUCAUGGAGGUCCACGGUCAGAAGGUGAAGCUUCAGAUCUGGGACACGGCCGGUCAGGAGCGGUUCAGGGCCGUCACCAGGUCUUACUACAGGGGGGCCGCCGGCGCCCUCAUGGUCUACGACAUCACCAGGAGAAGUACCUACAACCACCUGAGCAGCUGGUUGACCGACGCCAGGAACCUGACCAACCCCAACACGGUCAUCAUUCUGAUCGGGAACAAAGCCGAUCUGGAAGCUCAGAGGGACGUGACGUACGAGGAGGCCAAACAGUUUGCUGAGGAGAACGGUUUGCUGUUUCUAGAAGCCAGCGCGAAGACUGGGGAGAACGUGGAGGAGGCCUUCCUGGAGGCAGCCAAGAGGAUCUACCAGAACAUCCAAGAUGGCAGUCUGGACCUGAACGCUGCUGAGUCGGGAGUCCAGCACAAACCCUCGGCGCCACAGGGAGGCCGCCUCAACGCCGACAGCCAGCCGGCUAAAGAGGGCUGCAGCUGCUAACCACAGACAGAAGCACCGCCCCCACGGACAGAGACAGAUCCGUACACAGAGAUCCUCUCUUCUCCAGGCGCUAACAUCCACCUCCUGUCCAGAGAGCAUCAGGCAGGAUUCAGAUGAAUCAGAGUUAAACCAUAGCAGACCACAGUUUGGUUCCUAAGUCAACCAGCUCCACCCACAGAGAUAUGGACCAGAUCAAAUCAAACACUCAAAGAGUUUCCUGACUAAAUGAAAUCCUUUCCUGCACACAUUGAAUCCCUCAACAUGAAUCCCAGCCCCUGGAGGUCGGCCUCUGGAUCCCACUGGAAAUAUUGUUUUAUUUCUUUUCAAAACUGGACUACUAUUUGGACUGUUCCGAGUUUGGAACUCUUUUGGUCCCAGUUAAUCGAGAGGCGUCCUUAUUUGAUAGAACCUCACCUCGUUCAGAACGUGGAACCCUCGUGUCUCAAGAGACAAACUUACAAUUCUCAAAUUCAGACCAAUCACCGUCAAAAACAGGUCGCAUUUAUUACAAAUCUGGACUCAAGACUGUUUUUGUCCUUUAUUCAGACAAGUUGGACCCAAACCUCCAGAGUCUAUGACCCAACAACCCUUUCCCCAAGACCUCAGCUCCCUCCACACUCACCUCCUCCCAGUCUGGAGCCUGGUGGCCCAGUUCAAGUCAGUGUAAUCCAAAGAGUCAAAGUUACAAGGCUUCAACUUCAACCCAAUUCUGCCUAAAACUGGACCACUGGGUUUGCCUGAUUCAUGCUCGAGUGUAACUCUGGCCGAGUCGGACUGUUUAAAUCCCACAGUUAUAAAUCUUUGACCUCAUCAGCAUUCCACGAUUCGAUCCCCCUCCAGACCGGGUCUGCUCCUGAUCUGAGUCACGGGAGGACAGACGUGAUCAUCCCUCAAGUUUGGACGGAACACGAGAGGACCGACCUCCACUCAGAUCACCUCAGUUCCACGGAGACAUGGCUGCUGACGCAUCCAGAGCUCAGGCUCAAACUGAACUUCCUCUGUCCCACGCCUCCUCCAGACCAACGAUGAGCGUCAUCCAGAUUCGGAGCGACCUUCGUCCCAACAUGAGACGCCAGUGAAGACGAGUACAGAUACAGAGUCUGAAUCCAGACAAUCCCACAGCCCAAAUCUGGACUUCUUCUCUCGAAUUCCGAUCGCCCACCUUCCAACUCUGGAUAUUUCUCUGAGCAGAUUUCGAACAGCUCAGGUUUGAAAGCUCUCAAUUCAAGGAGCUGUUUUCCAAUCUAGACCUCCAGGUCCCAUCUAGUGUAAAACUCCUCUGAAUCCAGAUUGUCCCCACGCCCAGUUCUGACUUGGCUCUUUGAGAUUGAGUGAGUCUUCUGGAUUUAUAUUAGUAUUUACAUCUUGUAUGUGUGUGAUAUGCCAUCAUCUGUUGUUCAGUUAGAAAAGUCUUUGAAAUUCGUGCUUUAAAACUAUAAAUUCUAUCACAGAGUGGCCUGGACAACUGAACUCGCCUCUGGGAUUACUUUUUUACCGAAAAGCAUUUCUCCCUUUGCUCCAUUUCAUGCCUCAACUCACAAGUUUCCAAACCAUUCUGCCCUUGGGUCAGUUAUUCCAUCUUCUGUGCAGAUUGCUGAAGCGUUGCAUUUCCACCUUGUUGUGAUCAGAUGUGUCUUUGGGGCUUUCCAGCUGUGGGUCCUGCAGCCUGGGAUCCAUCGGCCUCAGAAAGUAACACUAACCAUUAUUUCUCGGUUGUGCCGAUCCUACAAAUCCCCGUCUGCAGAAAGAUAUUUUACUUUACCAAAAUAGUAGGACCCAGGGGUUUUGGGUUUGACCUUUGUUAUGCAUCAGGAGAUCCGACCUGUAGUUCUCUAAAAGUUCACCAACUCUCUCAAUGUGCAAUACUUAAAGCCGGAAAAUACUACAAAGAAACUUUGUCCUAUUUCUUCUAAAUAACUGAGUUCCUCUUUUAUCGCAGCUGGAGAAGUGACCGGAGAACAGGGCUAGCAUCUCGCUCUGCGUGGAAUCACAUUAAUAAACGUGAAGCAUUAACACGCCUCAUCCGAAACUGUGGAUCACAAUCUGACUUGAUUCCUCUUCCAAGCGGAGACAUUAAAACACUGCACACAGGAAGUGUUUGUUGUUUAAAAUCCAGUCGUACUAGAGUCUCAGGUCCAGUCCCAGGAAUGUAUCGGCCCCUAAAUACUCCCACUCCACCCAAUAACACCCCCC